ACAAUUAAAUUUUUAUUUUUUUUGUCUUUACAAUAUCGUAUGAAACUAGUUGAAUCUUAUAACUAAUAUAUAUUCAAUACUUGCUAACGAAUAUAGGUGUCCUUUUUUUAAAGUAAUAUACAUUUCAUGAUGCCAAGGUCAUGUACGUUUUAAGAACUAAAGGCAAAUUCUAUUACUCGCAGUUUUUACACAAAAUGCUGCCAUCGUCCUGUACGAAUUUGUCAGAACUACCAAAAAAAGAUGUGAAAAAGUUUUUAAAUUCUUUUGAUACAGUUUUGGCAGAUUGUGAUGGAGUUUUAUGGCUAGAAAAUCAACCUAUAGCCGGUUCAGUGGAAGUGAUUAACAAAUUGCGGGAAAUCGGAAAGAAAGUGAUGUUUGUAACCAACAAUUCGACAAAGAUUAGAGACGAAUUUGUUUCGAAAGCCAGGAGAAUGCAGUACAACAUCGCUAAAGAAGAAAUAAUCUCCACCGCAUAUUUGGCCGUGAGUUACUUGAAAAAUCUCGGUUUUACUAAGAAAGUAUAUGUAGUAGGCUCGAGGGGUAUAGCUCAAGAGUUAGAAGCUGUAGGGAUUAAAUAUAGCGGUGUGGGGCCUGACGUGCUACAAACAAGUGUGGCAGUGACCUUGGAAAAUUUUCGACCGGAUAAUGACGUAGGGGCCGUAAUCGUCGGUUUCGAUGAGCAUUUUUCCUUCAACAAAAUGAUCAAAGCAGCAACAUACCUGAACAAUCCCAGUUGUCUUUUUAUUGCGACAAAUACAGAUGAACGUUUUCCAAUGCCUUCGGACAUAAUUGUUCCAGGCACUGGUUGCAUUGUAAAAGCAAUUGAAACAUGCGCUUUAAGAGAACCCAUUGUGAUCGGCAAGCCAAAUUCUUACAUAGCAGACUGUUUGAUAAAAGAGCAUGGUGUUGAUCCGAGUCGGACCCUAAUGAUUGGCGAUCGGUGUAAUACCGAUAUACUUUUGGGUACCCGAUGCGGAUUUCAGACCAUGUUGGUUUUGACGGGGGUUACCAAGUUAGAGGAUGUCGAAGAAUGGAAGAAGUCAAAUCGUAAAGAAGACAGGGACUUAAUACCCGAUGUGUAUCUGGAGAAACUUGGAGAUUUGCUGGAGUUUAUAUGAGAAAUUGACAAUUAUUU